AAAGUCACGCCUACAGCUGAAUGAACCACCUAUUACCAAGGUGGAGGGAUCAGAUACAGCUGCGAGCUUAGGGACAAACUCCACUCACCUGUGGAGACAAAAACAGGAACUCAAUGCAACUAAGGUCGCAUUCCACAGCACUGAUAUAAACAGCUCAGAAGAGUGGUCUGUGGGAGAGAUAUAAAUCACCCCUGAAGAUGAGGCCUCUAAUUAAGGGGGAGCAAAAAUAAGAGUGUUGUUGUAAGCCAGCAAGUCAAGCACACCAAGUUUGUUGCCAGAGGAGAGACCUUUUGGGUGAUGCUGGACGUGACAUGGGGAGGGUGUAGCUAAAGCUUGUUGACCUUUCAUCCUCGAGCAGUAGUGUUAUCUAUGUUUCAAGCUUGGUCCACCCAAUGAAGGCAGGCUGCACAGUCAGAACACAGACAUCAAAUUUCUACAAAGAGCAAAGCAAACAUGAAAACCUGAAGCAGCUGACCACAGAUUUAAUGUAUUCAUGAUUAUUUCUUGGUUUGCGUAGUCUGAUACAUUUCAGAUUUAAUCAACCCAACCAGAAGAAAGUGAACUUUUCCUCUCAAUUGUGGUUCUGUGAAUAAACAAAAGAAAGAAAGUGAUUAUCCUGCCAAUAGAGACUGUAUCUGGCUUUAAUGUAUAAGAAAUAAACCAGGAAACCAGAAUAAAGCAACUUUAAUAGAAUACAUCGGAGCUCUGAAUACAAAGCAGUCUGUGGAAUGACCUUUCCAGACUGAAAUGUUAUUCCUUGCAUGCACCUAACAGCAGGAAGCUGCAUAUGUACACAGUUCCCUUUCACGUCACUGCAGAGUUAUGAUCUCCAAGAUAAAGGGCAGAUCCUUUUCUCUGAAAGAAAAAUAAUCUGCUGGCUGGAGAUUGGGAUGGAGACGAAAAGCAUGUUUUGGUGACAGAAAUAGCAGAGGAGGAAGAGCAACGUCUGGGAAUGAAAAGAGGAGUACUAGAGGGAUGCAAAAAGAGAGGACUGGACUGUUCCUCAGCGCACUUUGCCAGAUUUUUAACAGAGCACAACAAACUUGUGCAAUUUUCGUGGCAGUUGUCCAUGGGAACUCAUCCAAGGCACAUUGGAGCUGACCCUCUGGGGAGGUCCUGUUAGAUAGAGAAUAAUAAUACUCCAUAAAGACCCAAAGUUAGAGCACACUCCUUCUUCUGCUGACUACAGGACAACAUUUGGAAGGAUUACUGCAGAAAGAGGAGCCAUGACCGGAAGCAGAAACCUGGAAAGCUGAGCUACUACUUUCCUCGUCCCCUUUUGUGUGCUUUCUUGUAUUUCUAAACAUAUUCACUGCCUGCCAAUAAGGACGGAAACUUCCAUUUUCCUAUUGGACCACGGUUUCAUCUGAUCAAGAGAGGAUAUUGAGCCGACUGGAACGAAAGCCCUCACUUAUCCCCCUGCUGAGAGCUUUUGUUUCUGCUGCAGCUGAAGAAUUUAACCAGGAGUAGCGAUGGAGAUGGAAAAGGGACAUAUGCCCAUCAGGAGAGGGGUGAGCUGGAGUCCAGGAGGAUUGAGAAAACCUCUUCAGGCAACGCAAAACAUGCACACCCCUGGGACGGAGUGCGAUGCAUCAUGGGAGAAGACAGGAUUCAACUCAGAACAGAUGAGCCGGAAAACAAAUCUGACUCGCAGUGCCAGUUUAUCAGAGAAGGAGUUAAAGGAGGCUCGCGUCAGGAGUCAGAUUAUUGCUGCUCAGCUCACAAUCCCUUCCGACUCCAACUCCAGAGGCGUGCAGCUCUUCAACCGGCGCAAGCAGAGAGUGAACGCCUUUACACUGGAAAGCUGUGGUGAGGGUUCAGAGGAGGACAGAUCGGGAUAUGUGAAAACCGACUCCUUGUCUAACGAAUUAACAUGGGCAGAGAGGAGCAGUGAGGAGAAGGACAGAGACCUGAACUUUAAAAAUAGCACUAACAAUCUCACACCACCUGGGAGGGUACAUUCAGCCGGUGAUUUGAUGGAGGACCCAGGUAAAGAUUUUCACAAAGAGAAGGACACAGAGGAGCAAGUUAUCCAAGAGAGACAUUUCCUCCCUGUCAAGGAAGAGCAGGAGGAUGAGGAUGAAGGGGGAGAUAAAAUCAAUGAGGAGCUUGAGGACAAAGUAACGGAUGAGAUUCCCCCUGGAACUAAUAAUACCGAUCCAGUUCUGAUGAAACCUGCAGAGAUAAAUGGGGGCCACACAGGGCCAGUUCCUCCUGGAAAGCUUCUCAAUGGUUGCCACAGUAAUUCUGGACCUGACAGAGUGUCUGUGCUCACAUCCAAGCAGACAAGCACCAUCAUCAAUCGAACUGCCAGACCCUUUUUCUCACCACCGACAGUACAGUCUCCAGAGACAGUUCGCCCCGUCGCGGGCAUUCCUCCUCCUCCUUCCUACGCCACUCCUCCUCUCCCCUCCCAACCUGUUGCUUUCUCCCCCCCUCCUCCUCCGUCAUAUCCCACACCUCCGCUACCAGCAUUUACAAACCAACCCCCACAGAACUACUACUCCAGUCCACCUCUGAUGUCGCCUGUCAUGUCUCCUUCCUCCCCUCCACCAGCCCAGUUUCCCUCUGUAUCUCAGUAUCCACCCAUGCCCCAUUACGGCCCUCCAACUGCCCCAAAGCCCAGCACCUUUGUUCCCCAGCCUGCCGGAGAGAGGAAGCAGACAAUACAGAUAAAAACAGGAAUACUCGAGGAGGGAUCUGUUAGACGGGCAAAUAGGAAGUCAAUGUUCACGUUCAAAGAGAAGCAAGUGUUGGCUCCCAACCCUGAGCUGCUCUCUUUAGUGCAAGGGGCAGAUGAAAGGAAGAAACAUGGACUCAGAUCUGUACCUGAACCAGCGUCAGAGGAGGAGUUACUGGCACUGGGUGCAGAGGCCUCCAACUUCCUGGCCGAGAAGGAAGACCGGGCUGAGGAGGCAAGAGCUCCAGAGUGGGCUUCCUGCCUCAAGAGCUCCAGGACACAACCAAGGAUGGAACACAGGCUGGAGCAGACCCUCUCCAAUGUUUCAGGAAAGGGGGCAGAGCUGUUUGCCAAGCGCCAGUCCAGAAUGGAGAAAUUUGUCCUAGAAAACAAAACUUCUGGACAAAGAAGGUCUCCCUCUCCUACGAUGUCUCUCCCACCAUCUUGGGUGUACCCAUCAACCAUGCCUGGCAGGGUCAAGGCCAUCGCUAAAAACUCUGACGUGAGCGCUCAGCUUUCACAAAACCUAAAGGCCCAACAGGCUGUCAGGCAGAAACCAAAGCAGAAAGCACCAGCACCAGAGCCAGUCCCAGAAAUGCCUCCUUUAGAAAACGGCUGCUCAAAGAUAGAAAUGGACUUGUCGAGGCACCGGCCCUACCAGCUGAACUCUUCCCUCUUCACCUUUACUCCAACAAAGGACCCUCUCAGCACCCUACCCAGAGGAGCACCACAGUCCAAGAACAUGAUGUCCUCACAGUCUUUCUCCAGACAGACUUCACUGCCUCUCAACCCUCCAUCUAAUUUCAGAACCCAGAGUUUGUCUCCACAGCUGCCACUCAGUCCCAUGGGACGAGCUGAGUAUAUGUCAAGCCCAGCGUCUGGGCAGCAGAGGAUCAGUUCCCCGAUGUCUGCCUUCUCCCCGGAGCGGGUGUCUUCACCUCGGUCAGGGGUCCAGGCACCCAGGCCAACAUUUUCUGCCAAGAAGGCAGGGAUUGCACCGCAGACACCAAAGGAAUCCUCCCCAGCCAAAAGUCAAGCUGAGACUCCCACACCAACAAGUACGCCGAGCCUCACCAAACGCUUCAGCAGCCCAGAGGGCCCAGUUACCAGAACCUGGACGCCCAGCCUUCCUACCAAUCAACCCUCCACCACCAUCUCCAGCCGCUCAGUCACUUCACCUGUUUUAUCACCAAGGGGUUCAAGAUGUCAGUCCCCUAUAAGUCAGAACAUCACUUUUUCCACUGUAACCCCCUCCCAGGUAUCUACAGCCGCCUCUCCUCGCCCUCCUUGGGGUUCAAGAUGUCAGUCUCCAAUGGUGAACCAGAACACCCAGUCCUCCAACAGUUCAUCCGUAACUGGUUUCAGACCAACCCAAACUUCUGCCACCAAUUCUCCUGUUUCUCCUCCUUGGGGUUCAAGAUGCCAGUCCCCAAUGGUUAACCAGCAGAUCCAAUCUUCUACAGUCACCUCCGCGUUCACACCCAGACAAUCCGCGGUUACAUCUCCACGCUCUCCUCCUUGGGGAUCAAGAAGCCAGUCCCCUAUGGUAAGCCAACAUACCCAGUCUUCAACCAUGCCUAUUUCCAGAUCUCCCCAAACUGGUACCACCACUUCUCCGUGGGGAUCAAGAUGCCAGUCCCCAAUGGUAGUUCACAAUACUUCCACAUCCAGACCUUCCCAAAUAUCGUCAGCCACAUCUCCUGCCUCUCCUCCAUGGGGUUCACGUUCCCAGUCUCCUGCACUCUCCCAGACCAGUUUAUCCUUCUCUGCCACUAAGCCUCUGUACACAUCCUCUGUUUCAGCACCCAAAGACAGCCGGUGCAUGUCCCCAAUUGUUAAUAACCUGGACUCUAAAGCCAAUCAUCGUCUCCUAGCCAAGAACAUCAUCAAUGCAGCCAAACGUAAAAACAGUCCCUCCCCUGGAGCUCUGAGCGGUCACAGCCUUCCAAUCUCACCUUUGGGAAAUUCCCACCAUGGCUAUGACUGUCAUAAACCGCCCAUGAGCCCUUUCCAGUCCCGAUCAUUAGGGGCCCAGUCCCCUACCUUCACCAGCCCUCCUGUCACACCAACACAGAGGAUCUGCUCUCCUGUGAGGCUUUACAACACCCGCUCCCUCACUGAUUCUGAUGCGUCCAUCGAGUCUGAAGACUCAGGCCUCCGGUCACCGGGCUUCAAUUCAUACAACACCUGUCCCCGCGGCUGGGGCGGGAGCCUUAGGGUAAAGAGAAGCACCGUCUCCACUGACUUGUGAGGGUUUAACUGGCUGGUGAUCAAAGUUUGAUUUCAGUCUUCUAGACUUUUGUGGCAUUGAUUCAACCUGGAAAAAGCAUUUCUGGUGGCAUUUUAUCAGACUGGUUUUGAACAAGUUACCUUUCUGUAACUUUGAAUACCAAUCAUGGACAAUGGUAAAUAAUGUAUCAUGGUUGUUGUAGUAUAUCAUAUAUCAUCACGUACAUUCAUAAUAGAGACUGACAAGAACAUGCCUUUUAAAUGACCCAGUUUCUAUGGCAUGUACUUCUUCAAUACCAAAAAGUACAAAGACUCAAAUGACCAAAGAUAUUUGAAUUCUAAUGCAAUAAUGUUCUGUUUUCACACUUUCACUACCAACAUUCAUUUUUCAAUAAUUAUUAAUAAACUAUUCUUUAGUUUGCUGUUGUGACACAAUUCAAGAAGAGACCUACAAUUUUAAGGCAAAGAAGGGACAUAUCAAAUGAGUAAUGUGUAUAUAUUUAACUCAUGGACUUCAGAGUACUUUGGUUUAGGUGUUCUCAUUCUGUUUUAUUGGUAGAGGAUUAAAUUCAUCUUUACAAUGAAAGAGUUUAAAGUUCAUACUAUGCAAAAUAACACAGUGGUCAGUGAGACCCUUGCUUAUCUCAUUACAUUGUCUAAGAAUCCACCUACGUUUAUAUCCAUUCCGAAUAAUGCAAACAAAAUCAUCUGCAUUAUUAUCACAGUGCAAUAGUCAGUUUAACACAGUAUAUGUUGCUUUAUGUACUGCAUUUGUUGAAAUGAAUGUAAGCUUUACAGACAGAAUGAUAGAGGAUGACAGACAAAGGGAUUGUUGUGUACGAAGAGAAUUGUGAGGUUAGAUGGGGCAUGGACGCAGCUGUUCAAUCAAACACUGAUUCAGGACAAGAAGAUUUAAAGGCUUUUUGCUUUGGAUUAAAAUUGAUGACGAACAAUUUGUUGGACAAAUGUUAGUUGUUAACCUGCAGAUGUAAUGGCAAACUGAUUGUAAAAUUCAUAUUGGAGAUAUUGGGGAUGGAAAUGGAAAUGUAUGUGUGCCGAAGUUUUGAAACUUUUGUUUUUGACCACAAACAGCUCUUCUGUUUUGUAUGCCAGGAAUGUUCUUUUAUGAGGAACAACUUAGUUUUGUGCAUGUACUUGUUGUAUAAGCCUGUUUGACUGAUGUUUAGAAGCAGAUGUGUUGUCAAACAGGGCAGAGAGGGUAAAACAAAGUUAGAAAAAGGUCAAAGAAUGUUGUAUGUUGUGAAACAUUAACCAAAGUGUUUGUGAGAAAAUGAGAAGAGGAAUGAUUUGUAUUUUAAAUACAUGCAUAACUCUUAUGUACAUUCUGCUUAACUUUUAAAGUUUUUUAUUUUUGAUUUGCACUUCUGUUCAUUCUAUUUCAAUAGCUUAGUUGACAUAGUUUCAAACUUAAUUUGCAAAUAGCUGUCAUACAUGUUAAAAGCACAAGAACAUUCCUGCAUAAUUAAGCAGGAUGACAUGAUGGAAUUAGCUGUAACCUGAUUGCUGCCUUCACACCACACCUGCCUUUCUCUAACAAGUGUUAAAAGCUUUUAUACAGCGUUCCCUUCUUUCCCAGGCCUGUACCAGCACACACAACAUAUCAUUCCUUCCCUCCCUGACAUGUAGGCCAACAGGAUCAGCACAUUUCUAAAUAUUUACUCCUGUGUCUCUGUUGAGUGGCAGCGACACCUGCUACAUGGUGACCUGGCUCCUUCAGCAGGAUUUAAGCCUAUCGCUGUCAUGGAUUGGUUUUCACCUGGGUCACGUCUGGACAAACCAAAAACUGCUGACAUCCUCAAACACUGAGUAUUAUCAUCACAUUUCGAGCUUAGCAAGCAGAUUUUCCAAGGGUUCUGUAACUGCAUGCAUGCAUUUUUCAUUACACCUAAUUUUUUCACUCAUUUCUGAAGUGUAUGAUGUCUAAAAAUAAAACAAAAUAAAAGUGAUGACACAGCAAUUUGAA